AACCAGAGCUCGUCAGCUCUCUACCCUUUCUCAGUUCAGUUCAGUCAGAGUCUGAAUAGCAGAGGGGAGGCACACAGUGCCAGGAGAAAAAAAAAAAAAAACCUCAGGAUAACCCCUCUGUCUCUCAGUUUGGAGUUUGGAGCGACCGCAAAGCCCGUCAGACCCGCAAGCAGCGCGCGCCGCAUCGCAUCACGCAGGCAAUCCGGUGUGCAAAAGAGAGUGGAGGAAUCUACUGCACAAGAGCCUAAAGGACAAACUUUACUCUUCUCACACUUCUCUUUUAAGUUCAGUGUUUUAAUCUUUUAAUGUAAUGCGCCCGAGCUGAAGAUCUGCGCUCCUGGAGGAGAUCAAAAGUAACAGACUUUUAUCCGGGAAGCAGAUUUAACAUUCAUCUGGGCCAAAUAAAGCAAAACAAGGGUUCUUCAGGGAAUACCCUGUCCUUAACACUUUGUGCAAGACUGCAAAGAUUCCUGAAUGCACUUUUAGGACAUCUGCAUCCGAGACAUUCAGGAUGAGGCGAGUGUUUGGCUGCUUUGCAGUGCUGUUGUUGUCAUCGGUGCUGGGUGUGUUUGGGCAGAAGUUACCCACUCGUGAUGAAGGCCUGUUCCAGAUGCAGAUCCGGGAUAAGGCUCUGUUUCAUGACUCGUCUGUAAUUCCAGAUGGAGCUGAGAUUAGUGGAUACCUGUUCAGGGACACGCCGAAGAGGUACUAUUUUGUGGUGGAGGAGGACAACACGCCGCUGUCAGUGACGGUGACGCCAUGUGACGCUCCACUCGAGUGGAGGCUGACGCUGCAGGAGCUGCCGGAGGAGGCCAGCGGAGAGGGAUCAGGUGAGCCAGAGCCUCUGGAGCAGCAGAAGCAGCAGGUGACGGCCAGUGAAGGCACCGAACUCUUCUCUUACAAAGGCAACGAUGUGGAGUCAUUCGUCUCCAGCAGCUCACCCUCAGGCCUCUACCAGCUGGAUAUUCUCUCCACGGAAAAGGACAGCAGCCUGAAGAUUUAUGCCACCACCACACCAGAAUCAGAUCAGCCCUACCCAGAGCUGCCCUACGACCCCAGAGUGGACGUCACCAGUCUGGGCCGUACCACCGUCACGCUGGCGUGGAAGCCCACCCCUACUGGCUCACGAAUGGGCCAGCCUGUGCACUACUGCGUGGUCGUCAACAAAGAGCACAACUUCAAGAGCCUGUGUGCUGCUGAGGCCAAGAUGGGCACCGAUGACUCCUUCAUGGUAGCACCCAAGCCGGGUCUAGACUUCAGCCCAUUUGACUUUGCCCGUUUUGGCUUUACUUCGCCAGAGAACGACCUCACCAAGGACCGCCAUCGGUCUCUGAAUGCCAACCGAGUGCCGGCUUCCAAGCAGUGGCGUUCUCCAGGUACCAAUCCCAGGCCCUCAGACAUCCGCAAGAUCUGCAUUGGCAACAAGAACAUCUUUACCGUGUCGGGGCUGAGGCCGGCCACACAAUAUUACUUUGAUGUGUUUGCGGUCAAUGUAGCCUCCAACGCUAGUACGGCCUAUGUUGGCACCUUCGCCCGCACCAAGGACGAGGCUGAGCCCAAGACUGUAGAGCUGAAGGAUGGAAAGAUGGCAGACAUCUUUGUCGAGAGGAAAGGCAUCAAGCUGCUGCGAUUUGCUCCCGUUUCCUCCCACCGACGUGUUUCUCUUUCUGUGCACUCCUGCUUGGAUGCUGUUCAUGUACAAGUACGCCGUGACGGUAAACUCGUGCUCUCACAGAACGUGGAAGGAGUGCGUGAAUUCCAGCUCCGCGCCAAGCCCAAGGCCAAGUACCUUAUCCGGGUACGCGGAUCUCGCAAAGGUGCUUCAGCUCUGAAGGUGUUAGCAAGCACGCGUGCUGAUGCCAAGCGGCCCUUCCCUUCUCUACCCGAGGAUACACGAAUCAAGGCCUUCGACAGACUACGCACAUGUGAAUCUGUCACUGUGGCCUGGCUCGGCACGCAGGAGCGCAACAAGUAUUGCGUGUACCAGCGCGAGGUGCCUGAUGGAUACGGAGAGGAGCAGCGCCGCCGCCAACGCAACCAGUGUGCCGGACCCGAGACGCGUCGAAGAGAUGAGAAAGUACUCUGCAAAUACUUCCACAGCGCCAACCCGCACAAAGCCGUAACCACCGAAACCAUCACAGGCCUGGAGCCGGGCAAGAGCUACCUCCUUGAUGUCUACGCCAUCGGUCAUGGCGGACACUCGGUCAAGUACCAGAGCAAACUGGUGAAAACGAGGAAGUACUGCUAAAACGAAAACAAAACACAUACAAAAAAAUACAAAAAAAUUCCCACAAAAUAGACUCUGCACAGAAGUAAAUAUAUUAUAUAUAUAAUGAGAGGAAAAGUUUAUUUAACUGGAAGUGAUAUUCUACUAAGUUGUUUUUUUUUUUGCUGACUGACUACUUGGUGAGCCUAGUGGCAGAGCUCGAACUGCUUCUAGAGCAAGAUAGCAUCCUGUAUGUUCUUUGCAAGUUAACGAGUGCCGUUAAUGAGAGGUGCUGGGAGGUGCGUCAUCCGUGUUACUCAUCCUGGAAUCAUUGGUCAUUCUGUUUUCUGUUGUGUUGUGAGAACUAUGUUAAACUCAUCUGCAUAUCGUUUGUGAUCACAUCAACCCCUCCCAAUCUGCUCUCUCACUGAGUACUCACAUUUAGAAAGAGUUCUUAAGUUAUUUUAUACCUCUUGAUUUUUUUUGCUAUUUGAACUGUUUAUUUUUUUGCUUGUUACUUGUUAUGAUUAUAAUUAUUCCUGCUAUGAAAAAAACUAUGUUGUAAAAUUCCCUGACGAAGUCGGGCGGUUUGUCGAGGUGUUGUCCCCUCCCCCCGCUGCCUUUGUCUGUAUAUUAUCUCAUUCUGUGAGUGAAUCGCUUUGGGAUUCUGUAAAUGUGCUCUUCUCUGUGUCUGCUCUGCCUGUCACAUGUACAGAGUGCUUCUGCCAAUAUUCAUGUACAUAAAACCCUAAAUAUAGAGGCCAGUAAUCCCCCC